ACUCCUGAGAGUACUGCAGAGAUAAUAUUACAAACUGGUGAGCAAUAUGGAUGAUAAAGUUGUUCAAGUGAAAGAAGAAUCGGAAAUAAAAAAAGAAGAUGCAAAUAUUACUGGCAGGAUAUUUGUGAAACAAUUCCACCAGUUACUAGAGGAUCCUUUGUUGAAGAGUACCAGUGAUGAUGUGCAACGUGCGAUCAAGGGUCUUCGAGAAAUACCGGAUGAAGAACUAAAUGAGUUCCUCGAUGAUGAAGACUUUAUGAAAGGAUUGGACGUCGUGGAUGCAUGGGAAAGAGAUGAAGAUAAAAACCGCGAGAUUGAGCAAAACAGGACAGAAUCUACAAAGCAAGGAAAGAACCAAAUCUCUAGGGAACAUCAUCGUCCCGAGAAGGACAAACGCAAAAAGCCGAAGAAAGAAGAGAAAAAACGUGAGGAAACUCGGCGGGAUCCUUUGAAGAGCACCAAGGAUAUCGAAAGGGACAAGAUGCGAACGAAGAGAGACACCGAGAACAAACUUCUUGCUGAAAAAGAGAAGGCGAUCAAAUAUUUGUUGGACUCGGAUAACGUAGUCCCACCUGGCACGGAAACUGAAGCCAUCCAGAGCAUCGCUGAGGAACAACAGAAUAGAGAACGAGCUCAGCGUGAAGCCCAACGAAGCAGAGAGCAUCGCAGAAGCAAAUCGUUAGAACGUUAUGAAAGAGCGAGUCCAUCUCGGCGCAGAACUCCCGAUCGAUCUCGGUUGAGUCCCCAUCGACGAAAAAGUCCUUUUGUAAGCCCGGAUCAUCGUAGGAGCCCUUUUAAAAAAAGCGUAGAAAGACAUAGAAGUCCUUACAGAUAUAGUCCAAGUAGAUUGAAAAAUUCACCGCGCUCCUACGACCGGAGAAGCCCUAAAUUAAGUCCCGAUUCUCGACGAAGAAGUCCUAGACGACUUAGUGGAGAACGACGAUCCAGUGUAGAAAGAAGACGGAGUACUGAGCGACGUAGGAGACGCGCUGAUUGGAUGCAUGAACGCCGAAGAAGCCGAUCUCGCGAUCGGAGGAGUCGCAGUAUGGAACGUUCAAGAAGACGAUUAAGCCGUUCACCAAUAAGCAGACGGUACAGUCCUCGUCGUCGAAGUCGCACACGUAGCAGAUCAUUAGAGAAGCGCCCCAGGAAGCGUUCAUCCUUCAUCAAUGAACUAGCAAGACAACUAGGACACGAAGCAAUGUCGACUGCUGUAAACACCAGUGGAUACGUACCGUCCGCGACGAUGGAAGGAAUUGCACCGUUACUCAAUCCGUCCACAUAUCAGCAAGAAACGGAUAGGAUACUGCCGCCAACGCAACCGCCACCACCACAACCAUCACUGUCACCAUCAUCAUCAGUUAUGUUACCACCUAUGUCAAGUGGACCGUCAUUUAUGAACUUUGAACCUAUGCCGACUGCAUCAUUAAUGAAUUUCGAACCUAUGCCUCCCCCAUCUAUGACUCCAACCAUUGCCCCAACCAUGACUCCAACCAGUUAUGCAUCCGGUCCGGUUAUGUACAAUCAGCCGAAUGCUGCUGCUGCUGCUCCGCCACCGGUGAUGUGUUCACCGUUGCUUUCUGUACCCUCACCGCAACCUGUACCUCCUCCCGUGAUGGAUCGUGCACAUGCAUCGUAUAAUCCAUCGUAUACUGCACCCUUUGUCCAACAAUCAUCGAUCCGUCAAUUUGAACCUCCAAAGAAAUCUGUAAAUCAUUCAACUACAUCCUCCACGUCGUCGCAGAAGCAGAAUUAUACAGAACAUGGAUCAGUGACAUCGUACAAGGAAGUUUACUCUCCACCCCAGGAACGAAUGAAGACACCUGAACCACCGAUCAUCUCCAAACCAAAACAAAAAACCAGCUUAUCCAGUCUAUUGGAAGCAUCUGUUUCAGCCAAAGAUUCAUCUAAUAUACCAGUACUAUAUCCAGGAUUCAAGCCUGAAAUAAUGAGACAUUGCGAACAAGCGAUAUAUCAGCUUCCUGUGGAGGAUCCGCGUUUAAAGAUGAAGGGUAGAUUUUUCUAUGAUCGCAGCGAAGAGAACAAUACGAAAGAUGUUUCCGACGACCAUACAUCGAAUUCGAUACUUUUGCAGAAAAGUAAAACUAAGAUAUUUUGGAAAGAGACUAAUGCGGAACAGUCGAUAUCGGUUCCGAAAACAACUCAAACGCAUCAGAAAAUCUGUCAGACAGAUGAGGUGGAAACGGAAACUAAAGGCGUGCAAGUACGCGUUACUACUGUCGACUUUGCAUCACAGGUCUAUGCGGACGACCUCCAGCAGGUAAAAGAAGAGAGACGGCCGAUAAUGGAUCGUUUAGAUUGGAGCGCACGAGAUACUUACGAAUAUGGAUCCAAAUUUCGUGAAGUAGAGGAUCUAAGAUGGAGUCUAAGUAAUUCUUCGCAGAGACGUACUUGGAACAGGCAGUCGUCUCCUUCUAGAAGAUCUGACGAACAGGAGCAUCAUUUAGAUUCUAUGAAUCAUGAAUCUAGAAGCUCGAGGCUGGAUUCUCCUAUUAGAAACAAUGAGUUUUCUGCUCAAUCUAAUAUACGUGAUCACUAUAGUCAUGACAGAUAUUCGCCUAAUUAUCAAAGACGUUCUAUUGAACGUGAUGAAUUUCAUGAUAGAAGAAGCAAUCAUAGCCGUGGAGAAAGCCCGAUGGAAUUAGAAGAAUCUGAUGAUGAAUUAAUGACUGGCCAUACAUUCCAAAGAGGAUCUGAUUGGCAUGGAAGAGGGAAAGUCUCAAGGGGUAAAAGUCAUAAUUUGCGAGGAAAACAUGUAGGAGGAAGAUCAUAUCGAAGUCACGGAAAUUAUCGGGGAUAAAUAUCAAAAGUUCAAGUAUGAAUUUAUGAUGAACAACAGUGAAAAAAUAACUACAUAUAGCAUAAAAUAUGCUCAAAUAUCUUUACAUAAGUGUAUUUGAUGAAAGCAAUACUUUUGCAUACAGCCCCUGAAAAGAACACCAGUAUCUGCAAAAGCAUCAUAUCGUCAUCAGUUUCUUUUUAUUAUGAGAGUUGUCACAAUCAAAAUGAUUAUAUACAUGUAUGUAAUCUUACAUCGUAAGAUCUCAUAGAUGAUAAGUGUUGAUACAUACUUCGAUACUUUUGUUAUUUUGUUUGUGUCAUUAAUAUUAUAUUUACAACGACAUUGCACAACAAUUUCUGCCGACAAAAUACAACUUUAAGAAUAAGAAAACGUAGUAUAUGUAA